GUCCAUUUCGCCUCCACAUCCGCUCUCCGCGCAUGCCAGCAUGAUCUGAACUCUGACGCGCCUAUUCUUCGUCUCCGAUCGGUCCCCCUCGACUCUAUUUCCUUACAUAGCCCUCCGAUAUCGAUCCUCAUGGCCCGCUCCGCCAUUGUCCAAGAAUACGCCCCUCCGUCCUCCGCACCCACCUUCUCCGUCGACCGCAAAGUCACCCACGAACGCCAACAAAAUGGCAUCUCUCGCCCCAAUGGAUAUCGCGUCUCCUGGCACGCCAAUCCCGCCGUCGAACCACACCACUUUGGCCAGUCUCAUCCCAUGAAGCCAUGGCGUCUGACCCUCACCAAGCAGCUGGUCAUGGCCUACGGCAUGCACCAUGCGAUGGACCUCUACCUGGCGCGCGCAGCCACCUACGAAGAGCUGGCCGACUUCCACAAAUCAGACUACCUCGAUUUCCUCAAGCAAGUCGUCCCGGGCGACAUGGAGAACCCUGAACAGAGUGAAAACAUCGCGCGCUUCAACUUCGGUGACGACUGCCCUAUCUUCGACGGCCUCUACAACUACUGCUCCCUCUACGCCGGCGGCACCAUCGACGCAGCCCGCAAGCUCUGCAACAACCAGUCGGAGAUCGCAGUCAACUGGUCCGGUGGUCUACAUCACGCCAAAAAGGCCGAAGCCAGCGGCUUCUGCUACAUCAACGACAUCGUCCUCGGUAUCCUGCAGCUCCUCCGCCUGCACCCGCGCGUCAUGUACAUCGACAUCGACGUCCACCACGGCGACGGCGUCGAGCAAGCCUUCUGGUCCACCGACCGCGUCCUUACCGUCUCUUUCCACAAAUACGACAAGGAUAACUUCUUCCCCGGCACCGGUGGCCUCGACAGCACAGGGCCCACCCAUCCCCUCAACCCAGGCGCCCACCACUCCGUCAACGUCCCCCUCCACGACGGCAUCGACGACGAAUCCUACAUCCAACUCUUCCGCGACGUCGUCGGCUCCUGCGUCGAAGUCUACCGCCCCGGCGCCAUCGUCCUCCAAUGCGGUGCCGACUCCCUCGGCUGCGACCGUCUCGGCUGCUUCAACCUGAACGUCGCCGCCCACGGCGCCUGCGUCGCCUUCGUCAAAACCUUCAACCUCCCACUCCUCGUCGUUGGCGGUGGCGGUUACACCCCGCGCAACGUCUCCCGCGCCUGGGCCCACGAAACCUCCAUCCUCAUCGACGCCCAAGAUACCAUCGACCCUCACAUCCCCGAAACCGUCACCUUCCGCAACCACUUCGGCCCUGACUUCUCUCUCUUCCCACCCCUCUCGGAAAUGCGCAAGCUCGAGAACAAGAACCCUCGCACUUACCUCGCCGGCUUGCUCCAAUCCAUCCGCGAACAACUCCGAUAUAUCCAAGGUGCUCCGAGCGUGCAAAUGAGCUUCAUUCCUCCCGAUAUCCUCGGUCUUCGUGAAGAUACAGAGAAGGAAAUCGAAGAAGAAACGGCCAUGAUGGAUGAGGAGCGCGAAGAACGAUCUGGCGGUGGUAGUUUAGGAAAGUCGAGUCGACGGAGAGAUUUGGAGAGAGGUGCUGGACAGCGGGGGGAGCUUUUCUGAUACCCACCUUCAUACCCUCUCUCUUUACUUUGGGUGUCUGUCUCGCAUUUUCUUCGUCGGGUUUGUUUUUUGGAGUUGGUGGGGAACUGGAAUCUAUUGGGCCGGAUGAUGGCGUUGUCUUUUUUUUUUUUUUUUUUUUUUUU